AUGAUAUCCAGCAUCCUCUACACAUGCUGUCUGCUAUGCCCUCUAUAUAUAAUCUAUAAACCUCCCCACACACUCAUCAAAUACCUCCAACGCCGCUGGCCGGACGUGCUAUUCCACCACCUAACCACCCAAAAAGUCAUCGCGUUAACCAUCGACGACGCCCCCUCGACACAUACACCCGCCAUCCAGGAACUCCUCCAAUCACACAACGCAACAGCAACAUUCUUCAUAAUCGGCUCCCAAGUACCAGGCCACGAACACGAUCUCUCCAAUCUAAUCCGCCAUGGCAAUGAACUCGCCAAUCACGCCAUGCACGACGAACCGUCACGCGGGCUAAGCGACGCGGCCCUCGCAGAACAAAUCUCCACCGUGGAAGGUAUGAUUCGAGAGGCCUAUCGUGAAACCGGCCAAGACGGACCCGAGAAUUGGUUCUUUCGUCCCGGCUCAGGCUUUUUCAGUUCCCGCAUGCGCGCGCUCGUUAAGGGGUUGGGGUAUCGGUUAGCCCUGGGGGAUGUUUAUCCUCAUGAUCCGCAGGUGCCAUUUGCCAAACUCAAUGCGAAGCAUAUUCUUAGUAUGGUUAGGCCUGGGAGUAUUAUUGUUUGUCAUGAUCGGAGGGAGUGGACGGUGCCCAUGCUGGGGGUGGUUUUGCCUGAGUUACGGCGAAGGGGGUAUCGGGUUGUUACGUUGUCUGAGUUGAUUAAAGAGGGGUGA